ACGGCUUAAUAGUCGCAGAGUGGAGCAGAUGAAGUGCCGCGUUGUUUUCAGAGAUGUAGAGAGAAGGAACUGAAUGUCUCUUUAAUUAACCAGAGGGACCCAUGACCCUGACACGAGGAUCCUUCACCUAUUCCAACGGAGAGGAGUACCAUGGAGAGUGGAAAGAAGGUCUGCGUCACGGCCUGGGUCAGCUGAUCUUCAGCGACGGGACGUGUUUCACCGGACAGUUUGAGAACGGCCUGUUCAACGGCUGUGGCGUUCUGGUGUUUCCUGAUGGCUCCAGGUAUGAAGGUGAAUUUGUGCAGGGGAAGUUCCAGGGAGCCGGUGUUUUCACGCGCUUCGACGGGAUGAAGUUUGAGGGCGAAUUUAAAGGCGGAUGUGUUGACGGCCACGGCCUGCUGACCUUCGUGGACGGCGGACGAGGCGUCAGCCACGAGGGCCUGUUUGAAACCAACCAGCUGAAGAGAAGAGAGAGCAGCCAUGCAGCUGUUCAGAGAGCGCAGGCAGCGUCGGCCAAAGCCAGAGCUCUGGCCUCGUGACGUGGACCGGACGACCCACACCGAGCCCUGGUACCGGGGUCAUCCUCCUCCCGUCAGUCUGACCUCCUCAAUACGUUUCUAAUGCUCCUUUGUUUCAUCGUGUCCAGCUUCUGCAAACGAUUCUGGGAUAAAAUGUCCAACUUUA